CCCUCCCUUGCCUCGGUCCCUUUAAGCUCCCCCCCCCUUCCCUCCACCCCCCACGGCUGUCUUCAUCUCUCCAUCUCUGCGCUGCUGCCGGCUGCGCAAUCCGUGCACCCAGCCUCCGGCACCAGCCCAGGACCGCGACUCGGGGGGCUGCAGACACCCCGUCCCAGAGAGAGACUGCAGGCAUGUCAUCGGAGAAGUCAGGCCUCGCGGACUCAGUCCCUCACACCUCUCCACCGCCCUACAAUGCCCCCCAGCCUCCAGCCGAGCCCCCCGCUCCGCCGCCCCAGGCAACCCCCUCCUCGCACCACCACCACCAUCACCACUACCACCAGUCUGGCACCGCCACCCUGCCGCGCCUCGGGGCCGGGGGCCUCGCUUCCUCCGGCACCAGCGCUGCGCGCGGCCCCUCGUCCUCGGCCACGCUGCCGCGGCCCCCCCACCACGCCCCGCCCGGCUCUGCGGCCGGAGCGCCCCCACCCGGCUGCGCUACCUUGCCCCGCAUGCCACCCGACCCUUACCUGCAGGAGACUCGCUUCGAGGGCGCACUGCCCCCGCCGCCGCCCGCUGCCGCCCCGCCCCCGCCGGCGCCCUCUCACACGGCCCAGGCGCCCGGCUUCGUGGUGCCCACGCACACAGGCGCGGUGGGCACGCUGCCGCUGGGGGGCUACGUAGCCCCGGGCUACCCCUUACAGCUGCAGCCUUGCACUGCCUACUUGCCUGUCUACCCCGUGAGCGCGCCCUAUGCGGGAGGGACCCCAGGAGGCACAGGCGUCACCUCCACGCUCUCCCCGCCGCCCCAGGGCCCAGGGCUGGCGCUGCUGGAACCCAGGCGCCCGCCCCACGACUACAUGCCCAUCGCAGUGCUGACCACCAUCUGCUGCUUCUGGCCCACAGGCAUCAUCGCCAUCUUCAAGGCAGUGCAGGUGCGCACAGCGUUGGCCCGCGGGGACAUGGUGUCCGCCGAGAUCGCUUCACGCGAGGCCCGGAACUUCUCCUUCAUCUCCCUGGCCGUGGGCAUCGCCGCCAUGGUGCUCUGUACCAUCCUUACCGUGGUCAUCAUCAUUGCCGCGCAGCACCACGAGAACUACUGGGACCCGUAAGGACGUCCCUGGCCCGGCCCCGCCCUGCGCCCCCCGAGCUCCCCAGCGCGUUCCGCGGUCACAGCGACACUCCGAAGGGCGCCCUGCACACCCGCCACCCGGGCGACGGGUCUUCGAUGCAUCCUAAACCAGACCGCCGCGGAACCUCGAGGCUGGCGGGUGCGCUCCAGAACCAGUUUCUCAACAACGCCCCCCGAACCCACACUCCCACGGACGCCGCUCCCCGAAACGCCCGCCACAGUCCGGGUCCGCACUCGCUCCAGAUCCCCGCCCUCCCCAUCUGCAGCGCGCCCCGCCGAGCUCCCCGAGUCCGCGCCCCCGCCUAGUGACCGGCUCCCGAAGCCCCGCCUCCUCCGUAGGCCCCGCCCCGCCGCUGACAAACCCCGCCCCCAGGUCGGCAGGCUCCGCCUUCUUUUCUUCCCGGCGGGGUUAUUGAGUCCGGUGACUGGGUUGGAAGUGUCAAGCCUCACCCCCCCAAAUCCGCAGACUCCGCCUUUGCUCCUGUCUCUCGGAGCGAGCCCCCAUUCUCUUACGUUUUGUUUUGCCAAUGCGGUUUCCUAUCUCUUCCACCCUGGUCUCCGCCUAUUUUCUUGCUAAUCCCAGAACCUCUACUUUGCCGUGGGGGGUAGAGGGCCCGGGAUUGGACUGAGUUUUGGGAGGUUCCCUUCACGUUGGGAUGAAAACAGUGUUUGGGUUUUCUGUAAAUACGCCCACCUAUCCCGACCCGGGUCUAGUCGGGCAGACGGGAACCCAGGGGACAGAACCCAUGUUGGCAGGGGCCCGGCCAAACAGUACCCAUCCAGGUCUGCCCUGUGUAUGAGUGAGUGCGCGGGCGAGUUUCCGAACGACGAUAUGUAAGAAAGGAGACCCCAGUUCUGAAGACUGCAGCCUUGCAACUACCCUGUUCUUUUGCUUCAGUAUUUUACUUCUCCAGUGAUAUUCUUUAUCUCCCAUUUCAGGGAAGAUAAUAUCACUGGAGACAAAAGUGGGAGGAGACAGAAUCUCAGGCCACUAAGAGACACAUAUGGGGGAGGGGGAAGGUAAGCUACCCGGGAAUGCUAAUGGGAGGAUUUUAGGGCCCCUUUCUUUCCCUGGCACGCACUCUCUAGUCAACUAAACGGGACUUAUUUAGGACUACAGAGAAGGAGAACUGAUGAGACAGCAGAACAUUCCAAAGAAGUUGAGUUGGAAUAGGGUGGAGGGAGAGGAGAAAAAUUCCAACUCUUCCUGCCAGGGCCUGGGGCCGGGGAGUGACAGACAACUUGGAUUGGAUCCCUUAGGUGUGUGGUGCUGGUAGAGAGAAGCCAAAGGGAGCAGACAGCUGUGGGAACCCCGUCGGUCCAUUCCUGUUAUUAAAUAUAAUUACUAUUGCUGGCUGAUAAACAGCAGAAGUUUGUCUCACAAUUCCUGCGGCUAGAAGCCAGGGUGCCAACACAGUAGGAUAACGGCCUUCUCGGGGCCAGAAUGGUAGUACAGCGGGGAGGGCACUUGCCUUGCACAUGGCGGAUCUGGGAUUCGUCCCAGCAUCCCAUAUGGUUCCCUGAGCACCACCAGGAGUAAUUUCUGAGUACAGAUUUCUUAUUGUAUCUUCACUUGAUAGAAAGGGCUGUGGGGUCAUCACUAAUCCCACUCAUGAGGGCACUACUCUUCUAAAAGCCCCACUUCCGAAUGUCAUCCUUUUGCACACUGGGGUUUCAACAUCAGAGCUUUGGUGGGGAAGGACACAGCUGUUUAGACCUCAGCUCUAGGAAGAAGGAAAUUAACCUUUCAAGUCCAGUUGUGGCUAGUUGUCUUCUCCUACCCUGAGGUCAACCAAAAGUUAGUGGAGGGGAAAAGGGGCACAAGCAAUGGACUUGAUAUUCAUCAGUUGUAUACGCAGGACAAGGUCCUACCCUGAAUUUAUGCAUUGCAUUCAUACAGUAUGCAGGGGGAAACAUCUCAGACAGUAGGUGUGAGCCUUGAAACUCAUGGGAUUUAUAAUCUAUGAGGAAAGUGAUGCACCUAGAUGGGACACAUGGGAAGGACGUGAAAUGGGAUGUGGAAAUCAUGGGUUCUUUCUAGGGAUACUAUUGUCAGAGAUGUGUCUGUAUCUUCCUUUCAUAACCAUUGUUUCUUCUUUAAGCCCCCUUCUUAACUCCCUACUCUUCUGAAGUUGUGUCUCAAUAUUCAAUGAUUAGAAGUUGACCAGGAGCCAAAAUCAAUGGCAUUUUCACAGUGUUCUGCCUCUCCAAACCCUCCUGUGAGAAAUAAAUUUCUGUUGUUUAUAAGCCA